AGUGCGGUUCGUCGGGUUUUCAGUCGCGUAAAUUUGCGUUAAAAAGUGUUCUUAAUUAACGAAAAAUGUGCAAACGGAGUGCCCAAGAUGUUGUUCUGCAGCAGAGCCAAGACGGCUAAUUAAUGCACAAAGCUGUUUAACAACAAUAAUAACAACAACUACAAUUGCAGAGAUCUAAUAAAAAUCGUCGUCAUGAAUCGCCGCAAUUUGCAUUGAGAAAGUGUUGCAUACUUUUCGCGUUUCGCGUUCGCGUGUGUCUCAGUUAUAUAUUUUUGUGUGUUUCCGAUUCCGUCUCCCACAUAAUUCGCGUUAAUCAUUCGCUCUCCAACCAUCAUAAUAUAUAAUAAAUCUCCGUGUGCGUGUCGUCUGUGUCUGUGUGUUUGUGUAUAUUUUAUGCUGCUCUGCUGUACAUAUGUACAAUAUUAAUCGUCAUCGUCUUCAUCGUCAUCAUCGUCAUCGUUAUUGUUGCUGUUGUUGUUGUUAUUUGCUCGGCAUUUCGUAUCAAAUAUAAAAAUAUAAAUCAUUUGUGUUCUUCGGUGUUGUCUCGUGUCAGUGUCUAUAAUUUGUUCAAAUACGACAAGCGAUCAAGCGCUAAACCCAAGCGGAAGACCAAAAAAAAAAAAGCAACAACAACCAUCAUCAGCAACAACAACAACACUUUUCCAAAGAUAUGGCAAAUAUUUUACAAUUGUGCGCUCAUCGAUUUGCAUCUCAAGCAUCAACAACACAAAAACAAGUUGCAGCUGGAAACGCCUAGCAGCCUGAAAUUUGUGGCAAACAUUGUGUGAUUCCCCCCCCAAAACAAACAAAACAAAACAAAGCAAAAAAAAAAACACCCAGUGGGAAUUUGUCAACACACAAGGCUAUCAACGUUUGUUGGACUUUUAAAAAGUAAUGACUUAAAACUCCCGCAGUCAGUUGUUUAAAAGUUAUACACAAUAAUUCAAAAAAGUAAAGUAAACAAAAAAGUAAAAAAACGGCGCUCAGUUUUUAUCAACUUUGUUAAAAGGAAAUAAAUUGUUAAAUAAGAAACGGAUAACAACAAAAUAAUAACAAAAAAAUUAAAAUAAAUACUUAAUAUUUGACACAAAUGAAUAGCAUUUAAAUAGUAAGUAAAUAAGAGGCAGUAAAUAAAUUAAAUAUAAUCCCUACGUUACACAAACACACAAGCAAACAAACAGAAACAGAAGCAAACAAAACAAAAACCGCAACAACAAAAUAUUUAUAGCAAGGAAAUUAAGUAAAAAUUUAUGCAAAAAUAGAAAUGUUUCAUUUCCACAACUCGGUAAAUAAAAGCAAGCAAAAUAACAACAGUAACCACAACAACAAAAUAAAUAAUAAUAACAAUAAUAACAACAACAAAUAUAUAAGCCACAAAAUGCAUCUGCAAAGUGCAAAAACACUGAGCCAAAGUUUCGGAUGGAUGCAAGUCUUCCUACUACUGACACUCUUCGUGAUUGGUAAUCAAAGUGCCUGGCAGGAGAAUAUACGACCAAAACUCUAUGUGGAAUUAGGUCCCGAUGAUAUACUGAAAUUUCUGGGCAACGAGAGUGUCGUGGAUCACUUCAAGCUCGUCACCAAGGAUGGCAACAGCCUGCUCAUCGGUGCCAGAAAUACCGUAUUUAAUUUAAGCAUACACGAUCUAGCGGAACAGCAACGUCUGAUAUGGACGUCGCCGGAGGAUGAUACCAAAAUGUGUCUCGUCAAGGGCAAAGAUGAGGAGGCCUGUCAGAACUACAUUCGGAUCAUGGUGGUGCCGUCGCCAGGUCGUCUGUUUGUGUGUGGCACGAACUCGUUUCGGCCGAUGUGCAACACGUAUGUGAUCAACGACAGCAACUACACGCUGGAGGCCACCAAGAAUGGACAGGCUGUGUGUCCCUACGAUCCACGACACAAUUCCACCUCAGUGCUGGCGGACAACGAACUAUACUCAGGCACUGUAGCCGAUUUCAGUGGCAGUGAUCCGAUUAUCUAUCGUGAGCCUCUCCAGACGGAACAAUAUGAUAGCCUCAGUCUCAAUGCGCCGAAUUUUGUGAGCUCAUUUACGCAGGGAGAUUUCGUGUAUUUCUUCUUUCGGGAAACGGCGGUGGAAUUCAUCAACUGCGGCAAGGCGAUUUAUUCGCGCGUCGCACGCGUCUGCAAAUGGGAUAAAGGCGGCCCGCAUCGUUUCCGCAAUCGCUGGACCUCGUUCCUCAAGUCUCGCCUGAAUUGCUCCAUACCGGGCGACUAUCCGUUCUACUUUAAUGAGAUACAAUCGGCAAGCAAUCUCGUCGAGGGACAGUACGGCUCCAUGAGCUCCAAAUUGAUUUACGGCGUUUUUAAUACGCCAACAAAUUCAAUUCCCGGCUCAGCGGUUUGUGCUUUCGCCUUGCAGGACAUUGCCGACACAUUCGAGGGACAGUUCAAGGAGCAAAGCGGCAUCAAUUCCAACUGGCUGCCAGUGAAUAACGCCAAGGUUCCUGAACCGCGACCCGGCUCCUGUCACAAUGAUUCACGAACACUUCCGGAUCCCACAUUAAAUUUCAUCAAAACACAUUCACUAAUGGACGAGAAUGUUCCGGCAUUUUUCGGUCAGCCGAUUCUCGUGCGGACGAGCACAAUCUAUCGCUUCACACAAAUCGCUGUCGAUGCCCAGAUCAAAACGCCCGGCGGCAAGACAUAUGAUGUGAUUUUCGUUGGCACAGAUCAUGGCAAAAUCAUCAAGUCAGUGAAUGCCGAGUCAGCAGACUCGGCGGAAAAAGUGACCUCAGUGGUCAUCGAGGAGAUCGAUGUGCUGCCCAAGAGCGAACCGAUUCGCAAUUUGGAAAUUGUGCGCACCAUGCAAUACGAUCAACCGAAAGAUGGCAGCUACGACGAUGGCAAAUUAAUCAUUGUGACAGAUAGUCAAGUGAUAGCCAUACAACUGCAUCGAUGUCACAAUGACAAAAUCACCAGCUGCAGUGAAUGCGUCGCAUUGCAGGAUCCGUAUUGUGCCUGGGAUAAAAUUGCUGGCAAGUGUCGCUCGCAUGGCGCGCCACGUUGGCUCGAGGAGAACUAUUUCUAUCAGAAUGUGGCAACGGGUCAGCAUGCCGCAUGCCCCUCAGGUAAAAUCAACUCGAAGGAUGCUAAUGUGGGGGAACAAAAAGGUUUCCGCAAUGACAUGGACUUGCUCGAUUCGAGGCGUCAGAGCAAGGAUCAGGAAAUCAUUGACAACAUCGAUAAGAACUUUGAAGGUCCACAAAUCUCUGCAGAUAUUAUCAAUGCACAGUACACGGUGGAAACUCUCGUCAUGGCCGUCUUGGCUGGUUCGAUAUUCUCGCUGCUUGUGGGCUUCUUUACAGGCUACUUCUGUGGCCGUCGUUGCCACAAGGACGAAGACGACAAUCUGCCUUAUCCCGACACUGAAUACGAAUACUUUGAGCAGCGUCAGAAUGUGAACAGUUUCCCAUCUUCGUGCCGCAUUCAACAGGAGCCAAAGCUGCUGCCCCAGGUGGAGGAGGUGACGUAUGCGGAGCCGGUGUUGCUGCCACAGCCGCCGCCGCAGAACAAGAUGCACUCGCCAAAGAACACGCUAAGGAAGCCACCGAUGCACCAGAUGCAUCAGGGACCCAACUCGGAGACGCUCUUCCAGUUCCAACCCGAUGGCUACAACACACAGCAAACAUAUCGCGGACGCGACAACUUUGGCACGUUGCGCUCGCACCAGGUGAUGGGCGACAACUAUAGACGCGGCGAUGGCUUUUCGACCACUCGCAGCGUCAAGAAGGCUGUAAACAACACAAACACACGUAACAGAAGUCUUGGUCGCGCAAGAAGACAGCCGCCCCGUCAUGGUAUCGUAACUCAGCACCGUUCAAAUAGCCCACAGCAGCAGCAACAGCAACAACAGCAGCAGCCGCAUUCCAGCUCCGGCUCAUCGCCCGUAAUGUCGAACAGCAGCUCCAGUCCAGCGCCGCCAUCCAGCAGUCCCAGUCCGCAGGAGAGCCCCAAGAAUUGCAGCUACAUUUACCGUGAUUGAUUGAUAUGUAACACCAAAUCGAUGCCACUCAUCCAGGCGCCAACUCCUCCACCUCCCCUUGGUUCACCUCCCCAACAGCAACAGCAACAACAUCAGCAACACUUCCAGCUACAGCAGCAAAAGCAACAACAGCAACACGCAAAGGCUUCUUCUACCAGCAAACAGCUAGCCAAGUCCAUGCCUGUUACACCCAUUCAGCCGCAGUCGCCCACAGAUUCAACAACCGCUGUCCAGCAUCAUUUCAUGGCCAUGCCACGUUCUCCCUCCUACGAGUUGUACGACGCUGCAACAUCGCGUCCUCCUCAUCCUCCGCUCUUUCGUCACGCUCACUCGCAGUCCGAUGCCGCCGCCUUCCGCCUGCAGCAACAACACUACGAGGACUACGACGACGAUGACGAUGACGGUGAAGAGGAUGAGGAUGUGGAUGAAGGUGAAUUGGAUGACGAUGUCGAGGACACUUCAUCGUUGGCCAUGAUUACACCGCCGCCGCCGUAUGACACUCCUCUGGGUGCUGCCUCCAGUUCUGCGGCACCACCGCCGUUGCCACCGCCACGCAAAUUUCGCUUUGGCAAUCGCGAGCUGUUCAGCAUGAGUCCGGGCACACCCAAAUCCAAUGCCAUAACGCCCACAAAGCUCAGUGCUGCGGCUGCGGCCAUGUUUGCCACGCCCCAAAUGGCACAGCUCAAUCGCAAGUGGGCGCAUCUGCAGCGGAAGCGGAGGCGAAGGAACAGCAGCAACGGCGACUCAAAGGAACUCGAUAAGCUCGUCCUGCAAUCCGUCGACUGGGAUGAGAAUGAGAUGUAUUAAAAUCGGUAAAUAAGCGCAUUUCAUUUUACUCACUCCUAAAUAGUAACUACUACUACAACUACUACAGCAACUAACUCCAAUCGUAGCAAGAACAGCAAAACCUAUAGAAUAACUAUGCAUAACAAACAAAUGUAUCGAUAGUAAAUAUCGAUAGUAACAAUCGUCUGUGAAGAUUGUACUUUCUGUAAAUUAACAUUAGCCUGCGAUACACACUCUUAGUCCCCCUCUCCCCCACACACAUUGAAACACGAUUUUUGAUAGCCAUCCAAAUUUGCAGUUAAUACGAGAGCAUUGUUCAUUUUUUGCCAAUUUUAGAUGCGACUUUACAAAAUACGGCAAUUAUUAGGCAGGAGCAAACUUAGCACGCAAGCCAAACAACAUUUAGAAUUGUACAGGAACAAGCAAACUUAUAUACAGUACUAUAUAACAUUCUUAGUUAUAGCUGGGGGUUGUCUCAAUUGGAUCGAUAUAUUACCAACUUUUGAAUUAUUUUGCAAUAUUUUAGUAUUUUAUGAAUAUGUACUUGUCCGAUAAUCAUAAAAUCUGGUCACAUUUUUUGGUUGGAUCGGAAGGAACUCCAAAAAGAAAGAUAUAAAUCAAAUUCAUAAACAGUUGUCCGAUAAUCAUGAACUCUGGACACACUUUUUGGUUCAAUUUGAGAAGCAAUCUUUUGGGGAUGAAUCCAAAAAGAAAUAUAUAAAUGGAAUUCAUAAAUACUUGUCCGAUAAUCGUGAAAUCUGGUCACACUUUUUGGUUCGAUUUGCAGGAAAUCAAAUUCAUAAAUAAUUGUCUGAUAAUCAUGAAAUCUGGUCACACUUUUUGGUUAAAUUUGAAGAAAACUCCAAGAGAAAGGUAUGCAUGCAUUUCAUAAAUAAUUGUCCGAUAAUCAUGAAAUUUGGUCACACUUAUCGGAUAAAUUUGAGUAUCAACUCUUUGAAAAUCUAAAAAUGGGGAAGUAUAAAUCAAAUUCAUAAAUACCUGUCCGAUAAUCAUUACAUCUGGUCACACUUUUAAGUUCGAUUCAAGGUAGCAAUCCUUUGGGGGAAAUUCAAAAAAAGGGAAAGUAUAAAAUCAAAUUGCUGGAAUGGCUCGCUGACAACAACAACAUGAGAUCUAGGUGCAUAUACAAGUGCAAGUUACAGUUUUUAUUCAUUUUGUUGGCUAAUAGACAACUCACACAAAUAUACACACACACUUGCACACUUACAUGCAUUUGUAGCUGUUUAUCGCUGUGUGUAGGUGUUUCCCAAUACUUAUACAAUACUUGAUAAUAUAAUAUCGCGCAUACGCCCCAUACGGCAGGCAAAACUAAACAUUUAGUCACAAUCGAAAGGGAAUAGUUUGCAAAUUUUUGAAAUUAUUACAGAUUUAUGAUAUAUCUACACAACCAGCAGAAGAAGAAAACAAUAAGAAAACCAAGAAAAAACUGCAAAAACAAUUAAUAACAAUGAGAAUUAUACACAGGAUUUAUAAAAAUAGUUAUAUUAUAUUAUAUAUACUUAUAUAUACCGAGAGAGCUGCUAAUUAUACGCGAAAACUAAGAAGCGAAGAGAUCAACUCGAGACAGCUAAGUAGGAACGCAAAAAAAAGGGCAUUAUAUUGUUAAAGGACAUUAUAGGAAUGGUCUGAUCGGAGAUGGCAUGCAUAUUUUACACGAUAUUACUCUAUAUACAUACAACUAGAACACAUACACUUACACUUAUUGUACAGUUUUUGAACGAGAAACAUUAGGGAUUUCGAAAAAUGCAAUUUGUAAAUAGAAAAUAUAUUAAAAAGAAAGAAAGAAAUAAGAAGAAAAACACAACAUACUCGUAAUACAAAAUAUUAUACAAGACAUACAUACAAUUUUUUGCAUUUAACAAAACGACGACAAACAAACAAAAAAAAAAUAGUAAAAAUAUACAAAAAAGCAAAAGUUAAGAAAAUACAAAAACAAAGAAAAGAACAAAAAAAAAACGAAACGCUUAUUACUGAUUUACAAAUAAGUAAAAUACCAAAAUAGUAAGAACAAAAAAUAAGAAAGCAAACAAAUUAGUUGUAAAAUUACUAAGAUAUGAAAUUACAAUACAAUCCAUUUAUAGUUGAGAGACAGAGAAAUAUUGCUCCUGUUUUGCUUUGAUUUCGAUUUCACGUUCGAUUUCGAUAUCGAUUUACGAUUACCGAUUAACGAUUUACGAUAUUAUGCCUAAGCUUAUAUGGAACUGCCAACAGCUUACUCAUCAUCAUUAUUAACUACAACACAUUGCUUGACUUUAUUAGAAACUGAAACCCAAAAUCCAAAAGAGAAGUAGAUGAUCCACACAUGAUACCUAUAUAGCAUAUAUAGCAGACCGAAUAGGAAUAAUCCCACUCUCCCUCUCUAUCUCUAUCUCUUUAACUGUGUUGGUAGUGGCCAGGCUUUGUUUUGUUUGAAAGUUCUCAAGGAACAAGAAUAUAUAUUAUAGGAAUAUUUGUCAAUUUGAUUUGCAGCCUUCGAUUUGAUAAUGCUUAACACUUAAUCCCCUUAUUAAUCACUCUACUUAUAUACAUAGAUAAACAUUUGAACUAGCUAAGUAUACAACUUGUAAAAAAAAGAAAAAGAAAAACUUGUACAGCAGAGUGUUUAUAGCAGCAACUGUACAGAUCAAUGUGUAUGUGCGAAAUGUGCCAUAAAAACGAAAAGGUUAACCGAAGACUAUAUACCCAGUCUAUAUAGCAUCCGAUAUAUUACUCAGAAAUAUCUCUUUUUCAUUUCCCUCACUCUUAUUUGAGAUGAAAGCAAUUGGCUUUUUUAACUUUUUGAGUGUACAUAAAGAGAGGGAGAUUUGCAAAAGAAAACAAAAAAAAAACACGUUUUGUUCACGAUUUUGUUGUUUGAAGAAAAGCGAGAAAUUUCUUAUAAAGUGAUCGAUCAAAACGUAGUGAAAAUCAUAACGUAACAUUAGCUAUAGAGACUUUACAAGUAAUCGAUAUAUAUAUAUAUACAAAUAUAGUAAUCGUUAGCAUUUAGGGCGUUAAUAUUACGUUUCUCUUUCGAAGUGUGAAGAGGGGUGAACGAAGGACCUUUUGUAUAAAGCUUGAGGAUGAGAAGGAGAAGCAGGAGGAGGAGGAGGAGGAGGAACACCCGGUAAACAGAAUACAGAAUAGAGCAGCAAUAAGCUAAAGAGACAAGAUUUUGCAUUGCACAUAUUAAGGCAAAAUGAAAACGAAAACGAAAGCGUAGUAAUAUCUAAAUCAAAGCAAAUGUAUAAAGAAAUGAAAACAAAAAUCAACUAAUACUAGAAUAAAAACAAAAUCCAGUAAACUCGAAAAUAUUAAGCAAACAUUUCUUCUGGCAAAAAAAAAAAACAAA